AUGUUCGAAACUCUGGCGACCAGUUACCCGAAGAUGAAGACCAGUCUAGAGACGAGGAGUUUCGUUCCCGGAACUCACAACAGUUCUCUCAUCAGACGAGUCGUCAACGACUAUCACAAGAACAAAGCCUUCGUUAUUGAGGCUUCGGGAAACUGUAGUAGUUUUCCACUUCACGAUCCAAUGACUGGUCCCUGUGUACCAGAUGAUGCGAUAUUUGUGGGUACAUCUACCAUGGGAUUGAAUUUAUCGUUGAGGUACAACACGUGGGUGAUCCGCUACUCGGGACCGUCCGACGGGAAAGUCAUCUUCAGUUUCUCCGACAAAGAGUGCGCACCACUGGUGGAGGAAAUUAAGGGAAUAUUUAACGGAAUUGCUGUUUCCACGACGAUAAUUUUCUCUAGCUAUGAAGCAUCUUUGAAGAAUCCGACAGUAUUUGAUGUUCCGGCUGGUUGCUAA